AUGAGCGAGCAUUCUGUCGCGCCUGUUCCGAGUCCUACUUCGUCCGUCGCUGUCCAGCAAGGCGCAUUUCGCACUGACACCGUUUGUUCGCGAGCGCUUUUACGAGCUAUGGUGGACGACUAUCUUCUGUAUAUCUACCCAUUAAUCCCCGUGGUUCACCGACCAUCGUUCUGCUUCGCUCUGAACGAGGAUCGUGAUAACUAUGACGACGACUUCUUAGGCCUUCUCAUCGCUAUAUGCGCAAUCGUAGUUGCGUUGCUGCCGAGUAAAUAUGAGAGCUAUCGUAGGCUCGACUUAUCCAUGGCUCUCUCACGUGCCGUGGUACUCGAUCGCUGUCACAGCUUCCUCAUCGCUUUGCGUACGCCCGACUUUUUCGAGAAAAUCGGCUUUAGCAAAUGGGCAGCAUCGUAUCUGAUGGCUAUCGCCUUUUUCCAGGUCGGGAAGCCUAAUCAUGCUCGUAUGAUCGAGGUGGAGAGCAUGCAGCUCGGACGACUGCUUGAACUUCACCGCGUUGAUAGAUAUGAGGAACUGGACUGUAUCGAGAAACAGCUGCGGAGAAAGGGCUUUUGGCUUCUAUUCUACGGUUACGUACAUUCAGAGGUACAGAAUUUUCGUAAAGAGAAACUCUCUUUCUUGGAUCAUGCUACCAUGGCGACGACGAACCUCAAGGCGCUCAUGCCUGUCGAAGUCGAAGAUGAGUAUAUCUCCAAGCAUGAGACCAUCUCUUCGUCUACGUCGGACGUGAGCAUGACUACGGGCUUCAUCAUCCACUCUCGCCUGUUUUGGCAAGCUAUCGAGAACCCAUGCGGCAAUGAAAGGGGUGAAUGUUUGUGCUGUCGCGACCACUCACCUGCAGCGCAAGUGGCACAUCUUGAACGGCGCUUGCAAGAUCUGAAAUAUGCCCUGGACGAUGCUCCUAGGCCCUUUCGACAAUACGCAUUGUCCGAUUUCGACUCCGCUUCACAUAGCCUUUCAGCCUCUCAGCUGGGCACGCUGCGCGCUAAUAUUCAUGUUACACACCUCUGGCUUCAAAGCAUGUUACUGGACCAGUUGGAUCUACUGACUUCGCCUGAGCAGCACUGGCACGAGCGCGAGGAUAUAUCCACUCAGCUCCUCCACGUACUUCACAAUACCCCGCAAGCAGACAUUGAGCCAAAUGGUCUCCACCUUGUCUACAAGGUGCGCGAUGUGGCAGUCGGACUACUCGCGUGCCCCUACGAACCACCUGAUCCUUCGGCAAAACGAGCCCAGGAGUAUGUUAAGGCAUUUACUGACAUCAUGGCUCGCCUAGAUGCAAGCGAGACGAUCAAUACGGCUAAUCUUCAAAGUUGGAUUGAUACAGGACGUCAGAGUGUUUGA